GUGCCACUUUCAGGUCUCCUCACACUGCUGGUGUGUUCCAUUUUUUGUCAUAGGGUGCUGGCAGAUUACGGGCCUCCCAUAGCUGCUGCCAGGCCCCUAAUCUGCCAUGGGCCCCUAUACCGCCUCCUCAUGCUGCUGCCAGGUCCAGAGUCUCUCAUGGGUCCCUGUACGGCCUCCCAUUGCUGCUGUCUCCAUCGCCACACUCUGCCAUGUGCCACUUUCAGGUCUCCUCACACUGCUGGUGUUUUCCAUUUUUGUCAUAGGGUUCUGUAUGGCCUCCCAUUGCUGCUGCCUCCACCGCCACACUGUGGCUCCACACUCUGGUUUUGGCCCCGUGACUGCCCAAAUGAGUGUGUGCGGUGAUUCUAAGAUCGACGGCACUCAUCUGCAUGUCAUACUG